AUGUUCAUGAAACUUUUCAAGAAGAAGGAAAAGAAGGACAAAGAGGAGGACAAGAAGUCCGAGUCGACGCCUACCUUGGAGAACAAGCGUGUGGAAACCCCUGAGGCGCCGGAGAAGCUGACCAAAGACGACUUCGAGACCCUCGAUGUCCUCGGCAAGGGCUCCUUUGCCUACGUGGUGCUGUGCCGUCGCCUCUCCACGAACAAGUACUACGCCAUGAAGGUGAUCAACAAGCAGGGCCUGCUGGACCACAAGCGAGUGCAGGACGUCUUUACGGAGCGCAACGUGCUGACUCGCCUGAACCACCCCUACUUGCUGAAACUGUACUGGACCUUCCAGUCGGAGCACAAGCUGUUCUUCGUCAUGGACUACAUGCCUGGCGGUGACCUCGACAAGUACAUGAACUCCGUCCCGAAGAAGCAGCUCGACCCGGCAACAGCGCAGCUGUACGGUGCCGAGAUCCUCUUGGCCAUUAUGUGCCUGCACGAGCACAGCGUCAUAUAUCGAGAUCUAAAGCCAGAGAACAUUCUGCUGGAUGGUGAGGGCCACUGCGCUCUUGCAGACUUCGGCCUGUCCAAGGAUUUCCACAAGGACGGCCAGGACGUCUCCGACAAGGAACUGCGCGCCAACUCGUUCGUCGGGUCGCCGUUCUACGUGGCUCCUGACGUGCUGCGCCAACGUGAGUACACCAACGCAGUGGACUUCUGGUCCUUCGGCAUUCUGCUGUACCGCAUGCUGUGCGGCCGCACUCCCUUCAAUGGCCGCAGCAUGACGGAGGUGUUCGACAACAUCUUGUACUCUGACCUCUCUUUCCCCAGUGGCGUGGCGGUGUCGCCGGAAGCCAAGGAUCUGAUCAGCCGCUUGCUCAUGAAGGACCCCAACCGUCGCAUCAAGGGCCCUGAGGUGAAGCAGCACCCCUACUGGACCGGGAUCAGCUUUGAGGAGGUGGCGCAGCGCAAGAUUGCCCCAUCGCGGUGGACCCCACUGCCGUCGGUGGAGGAGAUGCUGGCUGCGCGCAAAAACGUCAGCGCUGGCCCCUCGACCUCUUUGAAGAACCCGCACCACGUCGUGAAUACGCCGGCACAGAGCUCGCAGCUCAACGAUGGCCAGCAGAGGUUGUUUGGCGGCUUCUCCUGCACGGCGGACAGCCACCUGAACAACAGCUGA